GCAUCCUUGAAAAUUGCCACUGUUGGCUGCAAUACGUAAUUCAUGACUCGUCUAUUAGCCUUAUUGUGCACCGCUGCUGGCCUAACGCACGCAUUCACGGCGCCACGCAGCAGCCUCGUCGCUGCACGAGCUGGCACGCAGCCCACACGCACCACGCAGCUCGCUGCGGCGCCGGACGAUGAGCCCGAGCUCUUCGGCGGCUACACCGCGAAGCAGCGCAUGCGCGAGGAGAUCGAGUCGCCCUUCCGCAAGGUGCGACUCAUUUUUUUUGGAGCGAGCACUGGCUCGGCGCUCUUGGCGCUCUAUUUCAGCAUCCUGAACGUGGCCAAGGCGGCUACUGGUUUUUCUAAUGAUAUCCCGCUCGACGAGGCGGUUUCAUCUACUGCGAUCAACGUCGUGGCCGUGCUGGCCUGCGCCGCGAUCACGUGGAACGACUACCAGGCUGGAGAAAAGAACCUUGAGAGAAUUGCGCAAGGCGGACGUUUAGCGAAGCUUGUCGUGUCGCCGGCGACCGCGCCCACGAAGCGCCGGACCCUCACCGAGUAUCGGAGAGGCAACCGCGUCGCCAUCUGCGUCGGGGGCGAGCAGUACGUGCAGACCCUCGCGCGGUCGCUGAGCGCCGACCAGCGCGCCGACGAGAACACGCUGGCGGCCCAGAUCGAUGCCGUGGAUUUGGUCGUGGUCCCGGCGCUCGUCGACGCGAGCGGGGCCGUGAACGACGCCGGCGCGUGCUGGAGAAGUACGACGGCGGACGAAGGCGAUAGAAACUUCGACCUCGAGCGGUCCGCGAACGUCAUUGCGUUCCCGCGGGGGGCGCAGGCCUGGGAGACGUAUUUGAAGCAGGAGCUUGAGACGGCACGGUCGCAGGGAUUUGAUCCUGUCGAGAAAGGCCUGGUCAUCGUCGUGAAAAAGAACGGCCGGGUGCUGCGGCGCCUCACGGGCCAGCCGCCCUGGUCAUCGCUCGUUGGCACGAUGGAGGUCGCGGACGGCUCCAAGUUCGGCAUGCCUGGCGACGACGAGCGAUACAUGGCCAAGGCGCUCAAGGGCGACGGGGCCCUCUAGAUUUACUAAUGUGGUAGGACU